CGAACAAGAUGGACAUCGCCGCCAUGCUAGAGCCAACUCACGACGCACUGAAUCCUGUCACAGCAUCAUCUUCGUCAUCGUCAUUGCUGCAUCGUCUGCCUCAUAUCACAUAUGUGACGCCGCCACUGCAACAACAACGACAGCAACAACAACCCUUCCCAUCGCAUCAAAUUCUCACACACGCCGGACUACCUAUAGAGCCACACUCUUCAUUGCCGCCUCGCCGACACGUCCCGCCACAACGCAUGGACUCCAACAACUCAUCCACUCAUGGUUCCAUUGUUUACACUACACAGCCCAUUCCAUCAUCAUCAUCAUCAUCAUCAUCAUCAUCAUCAUCAUCAUCUCCAUCAACAACACAACGCCCUAGGUCCAACAGCACAGCACGCAGAGAUUCUUCCGUCCCUCCAUCACAAGCGAACGCACAGCCGCGUCAUCGCGGCAAACAAACAAAAGCUGCUUGUAUCCCCUGCCGCAAGCGCAAAUCAAAGUGCGACGGAGUCCGCCCUACCUGCAAAUCUUGCAUCUCAAAAACCACACCCUGCAACUACAGCGUCACACCAGGCAUAACACAGCAACAAGCCAUGAAGAAUCAAAUGGAAGCUUACAGACACGUCUUGUCGUUAAUCAGAGAAAGUACCAUGGAAGAUGCAGAAGUCUUGGUCAAGAUGAUCAAGGCAAGGGACAAUUUGUCUGAUGCUGUUCUAGACGUUCAGAAAAUGACGCAGCAGAAGUAC